GCGACAGAAAAGUGGAAGAUUUCGUAGGGGAGAAACAGCGAGAAUAUCUGCUUCGUGAUAUCUGUGCUUUUACUCGCUUGUGGGGAAGGGUGAAGACGGUGAGUCGUUGGCCAAAUGAGGCGGUUCUGUUGCUUCUUGUCUUCUCGAGCCGGUUCCUUUUUCUCCUCUUCCUCUUUCUUCAACACUUUCUCUCUCCUCCCCUCGCUGUUGGCUUUAACUCCUCUCGCUUUCUCGAGCAGAGAGCGCUCUCCUCUCUCCUCCACCAAACAGUCCAAAAUCCUUUUCUUUCUUCUCUGCAACACCUGCCACUAUAAAUAGGUUCCUCCCUGAUUAUUUUUUCUCCAAGCUCUCUGUUUUCUUCCUUCUCAGUAGCUCAUAGCCAAAGAAGAGGAGCUUCUUCUUGUUCCCUUGUAUGCUCGUGGCAAUGUCAGCUUGGAAGGACAGGGAAAAUGAUCCUCGUAUUGAAGGGAUUGCUUCCUCAAUGCGCGUCAUUUCCGACUUCCCUAAGCCAGGGUUUAAGUUCAAAGACAUUACCACGCUGCUCCUCAAUCCUAAAGCAUUCAAGAACACCGUGGAUUUGUUCGUGGAGCGCUACACCGGCAAGGGCAUUUCCGUUGUUGCAGGAGUUGAGGCUAGAGGUUUUAUAUUUGGCCCCCCUAUUGCCUUGGCAAUAGGUGCUAAGUUUGUUCCUUUACGAAAACCAAGGAAGCUGCCAGGUACAGUUAUAUCAGAAAAAUAUGUUCUUGAAUAUGGAACUGAUUGUCUUGAAAUGCAUAUUGAGGCUGUCGAACCUGGUGAACGUUCAUUAGUAGUUGAUGAUGUGGUUGCAACUGGUGGAACACUCUGUGCAGCCAUAAAAUUACUUGAACGUGCUGGUGCAGAAGUUGUGGAAUGCGCUUGUGUCAUCGAAGUACCCCAUCUUAAGGGCCGUGAAAAGCUGAAUGGAAAGCCAUUGUACGUGCUUGUGGAAACUGACUGAUGCUGUUUAUCUUCUCAAAAUCUGCUACUGAUAAAUUAAUAUUUGAAGCUUGAAGGGUUAAUUAAUAUCUAGCAUAGAUUUAGAUGGAAGCUGGCCUCAUUUUGCCAGAGAAU